AUCUAUCCAUUAGAUCUUCUCACAAAACCCAACUCAUAUCAUUACAUUUUUUGUCUUCUCUGACGUCAUCAUCCGAACUCAUUUCACUUCUGAACACUGUUGACAUUCAAUAGAACCACACACAGAGCAGAAACACACACAUGCACACAAGUAACUUGUAGCACCACCUAAUUGCCAUAUCCUCUUAGUUGUUAGACUUCAAGCAAGAAAGUAUAAAACUUUGUUACCAUUUCUACUCUUCUUUCUCAUCACAUUUGCUUUCUUUUCUUUUCUUUAUUGUACUAGCAAAAGUAAAGCUCUCUUUUUCCUUAAAAUCUGAGCUCAGAAGUCUCUGCAUGAACAGAAGUUUGAUCAGAGAUAAUGAAGGGUAUUAAGGAGGACAAUGUAAAGAUGGGUUUUUUAUUUUUUUUAAAAAGAUUAGGAGGGAGAGAUGGGACCCUCUGGCCUCUUUAAAGGCUGCAACAGAAAUGAGUGGCACUGCACCAUUAAAGAUCAGUAAUCACCUUCAUGUUCUGUACCUAUACUUACAGCUGAUGUAUCUAUCUAUAAUGUAUGUACUUCACUGUAGGUCUUUGUUUUUUACUCUUUUGUGUCUGUUUGUGUUGAGUCUUAUUUAAUAUGGGUCCAUUCCAUUUAUCCUUCUAACACUCUGCACAGCCCUUUUUUGGCUCUUUAUUGCUCUCUUUCUUUCUUUAUGUGGUGCACCUCAGAUGAUUGUCCUUUGGUUUACAGGAUCCUAUUUUGUGUUAUGAGCUUUUAAGUCUAGUGGGCAUUUUGAGUUUCUCUUUGUGUGGGUGAGAGAGAUGACUCAAGGAGCAGAGUGAUCAUGAUUAUUCAUCACCUCUGACUCUCUACUACUUUUUCCAGUUUCUUGGGGUUUGUGUAGUGUACAAGAGAGAUAUAUCUACAUACAUAGUUCUUGUUACUUUUCUUUCAUGCAAGCAAAGAGUAAACCACUUUUUUGCAUUUGCUUUGCACUCAUUUCUUUUUGAGUUUGUGAGGAUGGCAAUGUGAGUGCAUGAGUCCUUGUGUGCUUUCACAUCUUGUUGUUUAUGUUAAAGGAGAAACAUUCAACCUCUCUUUUAGCACUGUUUCUUAACUUUUGAUUUUGUACUGUUUGGGAGAAAGGGAAAACAAUGAUUUCUUUUGAACUUUGUACAUCAUUGCCUUGUUUUGGUUUCUUUGAGGAAAACUACAUAUAGGUGUGUCAAUUCAUACAGAAACUGCCCACCCUGCCUCUCCCUUUUCUAAUUUCUUAUGAGCAUGACCCCUUAUAUACCUGAUCAAUGUUAAACAAGACCCCAACAUGUCCAAGAAUUUGAUCUCUUGUGGUGAAUUGUGAUCCACAUUCUUUGCAAUCAUAAAGACUUGCAAGCUUAUUGAGUGGUGCAGAGCUAAUUAGGACAUUAAGAUUACUUGAUUGUAACCUGUUUCCUGAAAAUUGAGAGAUCUUUUGUAACAGAAGUGGCAUGUUAUGUACUAAGAAGCUUCCAACUCUUAAGGUUCUUCUCAAAUUUUAGUUCUCGCAUACUAUAAUGGAUAACGAUAUAUUUGGUGUGCCAGCAGACACGGUCUACCAGAACCCUGUUGCUGGAAGUGGAAAUGUUUUGUCUUCCACCUUGUUUUCCUUCCUUCAGUCCCAUCCACAUGAUCUAACCAACCAAAACCAGAUAAUGGCUGGAUUUCCAGCACUUUCUGUGAUGCAAGUUGAAACCCCAGAUGAACUUCAUGAUGUCCAUCAGUUGACAAGUCAUGCUGGGUUUGAUACUUCUAAUGCACUGGUUCUUAAAGGUCCACAACCUGGCAGAAAUGUCACAGGAAAUACCUCAAUCUGCCCACCAGGUUCACCAAGUAACAAAGAGGCUGAUGUUCGAUUCAUGGCAGGAAUGCACAAUUCUACUACUUCCCUCGCAACCCUUUUGGCUGGAAGAUAUGGGAAUCAUAGAAAUUUAAAUGAUAUAGAGAGGCUGGGGUAUUCAGGACAUCAUAGAGAAGUUCCAGAAAUUUUAGGUUCAAACGAAUAUGCUGAUUUAGUACAAAGUUCAUAUGGAACUUCUAUGGACUAUAAUAAUGAUGUGAUGCUUGGCAAUGUUAGCUGUAAAUGGGGCUCCCACAAGUUUGCUGCUCCUCAAUCGGCUGGGACAGUUCCCCAGAGGAUUGGACUUGAAGCUUACCAGAACAUGGGAAACAUGGACCAUAAUGGGUGGACAUCAUCAGAAAAUAACAUAGGCUCUGAUAAUACCUCUGACUCCUCCAAAUAUAGCAACGGGCUGUCCUUGAGUCUUCUAACAAGCCAGCCUGCAACACUUGGGGGAACAACAAUUGUAGAACAUUGUUCAGGGAUGAGUGCUUCGGGUUUAAGUUGCCAGUCUUUGCAUGGAAAACAACUGGGCAUAGAGCAAACUUCCUUUAACAGCAAAAAUAUGUCUUCAACUUUUGGCAAAAAUCCUGUCCAGCUUUCAGAUUUCUUAUCAGGCGGAAGAUUUCUUAGUGAGAUGCAAGAAAUUCUUGCAGGAAUAGCAAGGUAUUCACUUGGAAAUUCCGGUCGUUCAAGCUGCCCAACUAGUGCGCCUGUACCAGAGGAGAACUUCUCAUUCUCUUUUAAUCUGUCCACUGGAAGACAAAAAACAGUAACGGGAACAAUUGGCAAUGACCUUAUGACGUGUGAACAGGAAGCUGCAGCAAAGAAGAAGCAUUUGAUUAAUUUACUAGAGAUGGUGGAUAAUAGAUACAACCAAUCAUUGGAUGAAAUCCAUAAAGUAAUAUCAGCAUUCCAUGCUGUAACUGAAUUGGAUCCUCAAAUACAUGCUCGACUUGCUCUUCAAACUAUCUCUCUCUUGUAUCAAAGCCUGCGGGAGAGAAUAAGCAAUUAUAUUCUGUCUUUAGGAGUGCAUGUAAACGAAGGAGGUAGUGAAGAAGAGGAGAGGUCAUUUGAAACAUCUUUUAUUCAGAAGCAGUGGGCCCUCCAGCAGCUGAGGCAAAAAGACCAUCAAUUAUGGAGACCCCAAAGAGGCCUGCCUGAAAGAUCUGUCUCAGUUUUAAGGGCAUGGAUGUUUCAGAAUUUUCUUCAUCCGUAUCCGAAAGAUGCAGACAAACAUUUGCUUGCGGUAAAAAGCGGAUUGACAAGAAGCCAGGUAUCUAAUUGGUUUAUAAAUGCUCGAGUUCGGCUUUGGAAACCAAUGAUAGAUGAAAUGUAUUCAGAGAUGAACAGGAGGAAAAUUUGUCAGAACGGUGAUGAAAUUAAUAGCCAACAUAAAAAUCGCUUUAACAUCGACAGCCAAAGAUUUAGAAUGAUCUGAUUCAACAAUGUGGUAGAGCAUGCUUGAUCAUAUAGGAUACAAGUGUAGACACGUAAGAAUGUCAUUAUAUGUGUUUUAAGUAUUAAGCUACAAGCCUUUGUGGUUGAUUAAAAGUCUUUUGCUGGUAAUUUGAGCAAGCAUGUUCAUUCU